CAAAAAAAGAGGCACAAUCUUCAUGACAAAUACAAUAUAGAGCCACUGCUGAUCUUCAGAUGAAUUCCUAGGACUUAUAUACGUUGCUGCAGAAAGAAAUUUGUCACUGGACGCAACUACAGCAUUACACUACGACAUCACACAAUUGUGCAUGAACAGGAAUCGUUCUCCUCUCUUGCUUUACUUUGGGCUUUGAAGACCUGCGCAAACUGGUGGCAACAGCAGGCUAUCUCCAGUCCUGAAAGCCUGGUUUUUGAGUGUUCCCAUGGAUGAUGACUGGACAGACAAAUGUAAACAAGAACUCUUCCUCCCCUAAUUUACAUCCAAAGUUAGCCAUUAAGACACCAAGUGAAAAUGAAUUGGAAUCUUCAGACAAUUGUGCUAGUCGAGCUUUGUCUGUGUGUGAUGAUACCUCCUCGGAGCUACAAAGAGUUAUUUCCCAAGAUAAUGGUGAUGUUGUAUCAAGGGCAUCUUUUAGAGGGAGAGGUGCAUUGUCCAGGAUAGUGCGUUUAGUAGUGGUCCUUAGAGAAUGGGCUCACAGAAGCCUGCAUGACCAAGAACAAAGACCUGACUCCUUUCUGGAUCGAUUCCGAGGACCAGAAAUUCAAAACACAGAAGGCAACACUGGAAAAGAGAAACAAAAUUCAGGCGAAAAGGCCCAAAAGAAGACAACUCAUCAGCUGAAGAUAUCUGAGAGACUUGUAGUUGACCCUUCUGGAAAAUGGUAUUACCGUUGGCUCCUUGUAAUUUCACUACCCGUGCUAUAUAAUUGGUUUUUACUAGUGGUAAGGGCAUGCUUUAUUGACCUUCAAACCAGUUAUAUUAUAGUGUGGCUCACACUAGAUUACGUCUCUGACAUCAUAUACAUCAUUGAUAUAAUUAUUCGAUUCCGUACAGGUUUCUUAGAACAAGGGCUACUUGUCCGAGAUCCCAAGAUGCUCAGUGACAGUUACAUUCGAACUUUGCAAUUUAAAUUAGAUGUAAUUUCUAUACUUCCUACUGAUCUGGGUUAUCUUGCCCUGGGAAUUCACCGUCCAGAGCUUCGUUUUAACCGACUACUGCAUUUUCCGCGCAUGUUUGAAUGUUUUGACCAGACUGAGACUCGAACUAGUUAUCCAAACAUCUUCCGAAUAUUCAAUCUAGUACUAUACAUUUUACUCAUUAUACACUGGAAUGCGUGUAUUUAUUAUGCUAUAUCUAAAGCAAUUGGUUUUGGUGUGGACACGUGGGUUUACCCUAAUGUUACUGAUCCCACUUAUGGUUAUCUUACACGUGAAUAUGUCUACUGCUUGUACUGGUCUACACUAACACUCACUACUAUUGGAGAAACCCCUCCCCCAGUUACAGACACAGAAUACCUUUUUGUGAUCUUUGAUUUUCUAGUUGGUGUUUUGAUUUUUGCUACUAUUGUAGGAAAUGUUGGUUCUAUGAUCUCUAACAUGAAUGCAACCAGAGCUGAAUUCCAGGCUAAAAUAGAUGCUAUCAAACACUAUAUGCAAUUUAGAAAGGUAAGCAAAGACUUGGAGGCCAAAGUUAUCCAGUGGUUUGACUACCUUUGGACCAACAAAAAGACAGUAGAUGAAAGAGAAGUGCUAAAAAAUCUGCCUGACAAACUAAGGGCUGAAAUCGCUAUAAAUGUUCAUUUGGAGACACUGAAAAAGGUACGCAUCUUUCAAAACUGCGAGGCUGGGCUUCUAGUUGAGUUGGUUCUGAAGCUGCGCCCUCAGGUUUUCAGCCCAGGAGAUUAUAUCUGUCGGAAAGGCGAUAUUGGUCGAGAGAUGUACAUAAUCAAGGAAGGAAAACUAGCUGUUGUUGGUGAAGAUGGAAUUACUCAAUAUGCUAUUUUAACUUCAGGGAAUUGUUUUGGUGAGAUUAGUAUUCUGAAUAUUGAGGGAAGCAAGAUGGGGAACCGUCGAACAGCUAGCAUACGUAGCCUUGGUUACUCUGACCUUUUCUGCCUUUCAAAGGAUGAUCUUAUGGAGGCAUUGGUAGAAUAUCCAGAUGCUAAGAAAAUUCUUGAGGAGAGAGGAAGAGAAAUACUUGUAAAAGAGGGUUUACUUGAUGAAAAUAAAGAGAAAAAUGCAAUGAAAGGUAAAUCUUCAGAAGAAAAACUAGAACUUCUAGAGUCCAAUCUGGAUCUAUUGCACACUCGAUUUGCCCGUUUGCUUCGAGAAUAUAGUGAUGCACAGCAGAGUCUAAAACAAAGAGUCACACUUUUAGAGGGAAGAUUAAAAGACCUUCAAGGUGGUGAAAUCUCCUCAGAUGAUAUAGACAGAAAGAGUGAAUCUUAACAAAUAAAAUUGCUGUACUGCCCUGAGAUUUUGCCCUUCUAAACAUCAAUAUAUUUCUUAAAAUACAAUCUCUGACUAUUUUCCCAUAUACAGGUUGUGAAGCAGAUCACACUUGCUAGUAGACAAAUAAUUGUGCCCACAGGGAUUUGAGCAUCAAACACAUUAGUAAUUACCUUGUGGUUUCAGCAUAUGGCUAUUUCACAUCUAUGUCAUCUCUUGGGCACUUGCUAAGCAACCAAGCAAACUUAUUCUGCCAGUAAAGA